AUGAAGUUUUCCGUGCUGAUAGUGUUCGUCAUAACAUGGUCAACAAGUCAAACACAGGAUAUUAGCUGUGUUCCUCAGGAAAUUUCGUCUUACUCACUAAACUGCUCAUCCAUAAAUUCGGUGUACCUUAGCUGUGCCUGCAAUGUCUACAAGACGUCCAUUUUGGAAAUCAUGGGCACUCUCUCGUGUCUCCUGCCAACUGUCUCUGCAACCUCCGAGAUUCAAUCACAGGUGAAUCAGUUACUUGAUAUGGUCACCGAGGAUCCAACCGCCGUUAUAAAGUCAGUUAUCGAGAAUCAAAUAAUUCCUCUAGCAGGAUUGAACACACUUGCUUCCCCUGCAGCUCUGGUGGACCCAAGCAAAGGAUCAUCACUCGAAACGGUUUCGAUGAUAUUGAACAUCACUGAGAGAAUUGGAGAAGACGUCUUCAAUAAAAUGUGCACUAAUGUCGAUCAACUGUCACAAUGUGUGAAUUCAAAUUUCAUGAGUUCAGUCACACCUGACGAUCUGACCUUGAAAGCCAUUUUUAACCUUGACCAAGUGGGAACUUUUCUUACCAGCAUGUGUGCAAUGAAAAGCGACUUGUAUGGCCAGACUUCUUGUCUAUCCAAUAUUAUACUACCCCUUGGUAUAUGUGCCUAUCUGCCCAACAUAUGGAAUCAGAGUCCCCCAGAGUUCCCAUUGUUAAGUGGGAAAGCCAUUUCGGACGUUCAAUUCAGCUACUAUUGUCCUGUUGCGGGAGACUUUCUCCAAUGUGCUGCCAUCCAGAUGGACACUUGCAGUUCAAACCUUGGGACAAUAAUCAAGACCUUGACUAGCAACCUGCUAACAACAUCGUGUAGUAACCUCGCAUUGGAGGGGACUCAGUACCCAACAGCAUCCCCGUUUUUAUUCUGUGGAAUUCCACAUGUAUCUAAGGCUUUCCCAAUAAUAUCGACGAUUGAAGGCAUCACAAGUACUCCUACAACCUCCCAAAUACAGGCGAUAGCUGAACGUGUCAUCUCCCUCGGAUGCGACAUUCUUCCUGACUACUUCACGUGUGUUGUCGAGGAACUUCCGUCAUCCAAGAGUAGAUAUGACCUCUUCAUUCAGGAAUUAAUUGACGUCAAACAAUUGACUUAUGGACGAGCCAUUGCUAACCUAAUGUGCCAGAAAGAUAGAAUCACCGCGAUUUCAAACAUGCUUCCUUGUAUAAUGACCAAAGCGAACGAAAUCGAGGCUUGUUUUACCGCGAAUCGCACUGCGGUAUUUGACAGUUUCAACAUCACCAACCUUGUCCAUGAUGCCAACAAUGACCGACAACAAUUUUGUGGGCCCAUCAAGGACAUCGCCAUGUGUUUCAUUGACAACGCGUUAGUACCGUGUGACUCCAAUGUUGGCGAUUUCGCCAGGGAAACCUACCAUUGGUUGAUGCAGACGGAGUGUUAUGGCGCCAGAAACGGUUCCUACCAGCAAGUCAUUGAUCUACAAAGCAGUGGCAGUCCAGUCGCCUUUAACAAUGCCAGGAUCUCCUGGAUAGGUGUUCUGCUUCUUAGUAUCAUAUUGUAUUUAUCUUAA